GGAGCGCCGAGGUGCCGGAGACCUGUGAGCGCCCGCCUGGCUGGGUGAAUGUUGUCUCCGGGGGUAGAAGGUUCCAAUCCUGCUGACCUCUGGCCGGGCGCCCCGGGGUGCAAAGCGCCUUCUUCCCGCCCGGCCUCCUUUCGCACGAGGGCGGCCUCCGCGGCAGCAGAUACGUGACCUGGACCGUUCCUUCUUCUGGCGGGGCGGGAGCAAGAAAGCGCCUCCCCUUUCGCAUCCUAUGAAAGUGAGGGCGCGGAAUGGGGGACCUUCGGAGUGGGGAGUCGGUGGGGAGAAGGAGCCUGGUGAGGGUUAAGGGGUAUUGGGCCACCGAAGGCAGGGGAAGCCAGACCAAGGAGAGGGACCCCGGGCAGGCUAACCUAAGAGUCCCCUGACCUCUUCCCACCCCAAUCACAAGCUCUUAUUUUAAAUCAUCAAAACAUCAGGGGUUUCUAAUGGCUGCCUUUCUCUCCAUAGUAUCAGCUUAUGUAUGUUUACCCUGAUUUAAGCCCAAUUUCGUUUAGUGGGGCUUAGUCCCUGCUAGCCUAAAGUGUGGUACUAUGUGGGUCUACUCAGAUGGAAAUUCCAUUGGGUUCAAUGGCCAGCCCUCCCAGGUAAUUGGGGAUAUGAUUGCAGCAGAAGCUGAUUUCAGUUAUCUGGCCCUGGGGAAUGGGGAGGAGGUUUAAGCGCUGGCAUGUAAGGUAGCAAUCCCUUGUGUACUGAACUUCUGAUAUUUUUGCGAUACAAACCAGUACGAGAAAUAGUACAAAUGACCAACAUAGCAUCUUGGAUGUCCACAUCUGGGACGAAGUUCUGUCGCAGUGAGCUAGAUUUACUUUUGGCUGACUAUUUGGUUAACCGUUGUUUCAUUUUAGAAAAGGCUUGCUGCAGCAUCUAAGACUUGGUGUUUAAAUAUAGCCACAGUGCUAUAUGGUGAGUUGCUUUUGUUUUUCAAAAGAGAAACAAAAGUGAUUUCUUUGGGUCUUGAUUUUUUUUAUCAGACUGUGUAUAUGCUUGCAAGUUAGUCCUAUUUAAACAAGUAGGACUUCUAAGAAGGCAUGCGUACUCCUGGCAGUGUUUGAGUAUGAACUUGUGCAUGCUUACCAGGGAGCAAGCCCUACUGGCAGAGUGGGAUUUAUGAAUAAACGUGCAUAUAGGAUUGUGCUGCGCACUGAAGUAAGUAAAAAACAACAACAGUGAAAUAGAUGAGGCAUAUUUGUUUUAAUGAAUUACAUAUAAUUCUUAAUAUGAGAAUGUUGUCAGUCUCUGGCUCAGGUUGUGGUCAGAAGCUGUAUCAAGUUUCUUUGGUGAUAUUUGUGUAAUUCUGAAUCAGUAAAUAGCACAAAUAUUUGUCUGUGGCCCUAAGGACCAUCAAUUUCAGUAAAAGCCACAUACAGUAUUUAGGGUUGAUCCUAAGCACAGCUUUUGAAGUUAGCUUCAUGGAAACAAAUAUCCUGAUUUCCAGACCAGUUUAAUUUCUCAAUACUUUAUUCAUGGUGGAGUUAGCUCAUAUUUUUAGCUCAGUGGUUUUCAGAUUCCACCUUCAAGGAGCCCUUUCUGCAUUGCUUUGUCUGCUGCAGAACUUGAGGGUGUCUACACACAAGAACCUUGUGCAUUCAGAAUAUUCUGGACCAUGUUUACUAAGGUGAACAGACAUUUCAUAGAGAACACCAGCCAUAUUGGUCCUCAUUGUUGCUGCAUGUGAGCUGUGAGUGCACGCUGGAUUAUACUCAACAAUGUCCUCGUACUUUGCAGGGAGAAAUAGGCAAGCUGUCUAUCUAGGAAGCUUGGGUUGUUGUCAACAUUAGCCAUGCUUAAGUAGACUCAUUCAAAUCAUUGGAUAUCAUUAACAAGUCUGUUUCAGUGGGUUUACUCUGAGUAUGACUUGGUUGGAUUCAAUCCCUUGACUGUCAUCAUGGCUCUUUCAAUUGAGGAACCUGUGAUAAGCAUAUGAGGAUUCUCUGGAGCAAAGUUUGAAAAUUGCUAUUCUAAUAAUCUAGUUAUUGAAUUUAGGUUCCAGCGGUGCGUUGUGUUUUGUUUUGCCAGGGGUGGCAUGCAGCAGUUUAGAAGGUUGCCUUUCCGCUACUCAUGCCAUGCUUCCUUUAUUCAGAUGAUAAUUCCAAUGCACAAUUUUGGAAAUUAGAUCCUUAUGGAGACUGUAUACCUUCAUAUUCCAUCCAGCAUUGCAACUGAUAAAUACAUAUGCUGCGUGAAGCUCUUUGGGCACUGGUCAAGACCUGAACAACCACAUGCCUUCAUUUGCUUACCCAAGAGAAUUCUGUUCUGUUUACUGUAUGAUAGUCCCUUUAGGCACUUUUGAAAGCUGUAUAUGAAAUGUUAUAACAAGGGCUUCCAUGCAUUGUGAACCUAUCUAAAAUAGCAUUUUGGAUUCUGACUGAAGCCUUCACAAUAUUAAAAACUUGAAGCCAAUUUUCACUAUGUUUUUGUGCUUUGUGUGUAUGUGAAAGUGAAAUGCAAAUGCUUUAGUGAUUAUUUCACCCACCUAUUCUAUUUACUUGCUUUUGGGGUAAAGCUGGGAGUCCUUGCAUAGUGGGAUGGGCCAAAGGGUUGAGCAUUGUCAAGCUUUACAUGUCUUUAUAUGUAUAAGAUGGUGAUAACUAUGGAUUAGGAAUAAUUCUUGCCCAGCAAGAAUUAUUCUAUUACUGACUUCUGAUGUUGAUAGCUGAAAUAGCGAUAAGAUGUGCUAUGUAUUAGAUUCUUUGACUUGCUGUCUGAUUUUGGUGGAAGGAAAUGGGAACUUUGAGUGCAUUAAAAUUUAAAACAAUACAUACUGUGUCUUAGGUUUGCCUUUUUGUUGAAUUUUGAAUAGUGAUCUGAGCAGCAUGUGCUGACUAGUGUCUACAUGUAGUCUUUUAAAGACUCCUAAAGGAUUACUUAAGGAAAUAUAAUUUGAACCACACCAAGCUAAUGACAGUGGCCAUUAACUCCACAAUAUUUCUAAUAACAUUUCUUUUCCAGCAGAAUUUUAUGUAUGACAAGCAAAAAUGAACAGCAGCAUGAGUGAAGAGCCUGAUGCGUUAUCUGUAGUUAAUCAGCUGAGGGACCUUGCAGCUGAUCCCCUAAACAGAAGAGCAAUUGUCCAGGAUCAGGGAUGUCUACCAGGCCUUAUUUUAUUUUUGGAUCAUCCCAAUCCCCCAGUUGUCCAUUCAGCCCUACUGGUAAGUAUCAUCUGUUUCCUAAUUGUGCAACUUUUUUCCUAUGCAUUCUGUAGCAUGACUAUGUGAUUGGGACUCUAAAUUUCAGGAUUUAAUAUUAAAUAAGCACUCAUUGGCUGUUGCAACCAUAUUUUACACCAGUGUGUUUCCAUAAAAUAUCUUAAAACAAAACAUUUUGGAAAAUUUUACUGAAGAAGAAAAGAUGUAUUGUAAUAGCACAGAUUCUUAGCCAGAGAGGAUCACCUAAAAAUGACAAUCCCAGAUGCAGCAAAACUGAAAUGCAGUUUAUGCUCUUGUCACUCUGGUACAUUCUGAGAAACUAUGGCAUUGAAGUGGAGGAUUUCUUUAAAAAGAAAUAAAGAAAUUUAUUGAUGCAACUUUGAAUGAUACCAAAGUUUAGCAAUGUAUAUCAAAUAUGAGAGUUCAGGAGCAGUGUUAAUUCUGUUUGAUGCCAGGUCCCGCCCCCACCCCAAGGUAAAAGUAGUCAUAGUUCUCAUCUUCCCACUCUCCAAAUCAGAAUCUAGUCCUACUGAAAUAAAUGGGCCUUACUCCCAGGUAAAUGUAUAAAGUGUAAGUUGGCAGUCUAAAUUAAUAAUGAAACAUAACAGAAAUACUCUUCAGCAGGUAUUAGGGCAAUGGACGUGCUGUAUCAGAGCUGUUAGGAACUAAGCAAACAUUAACGUUGGCACAAGACCAAUUACACAACACAAUGACAACUGGUUCAAGGUCCUCUUGUUUCUGAAUGCCACUUAAUCGUGACACAUGCAGUCUCAGAGCUCAGAGAAAAUAUGAUGCUAAGUAGAACAAUGAAAAACCCAAAUUGUUUGUAUGAUAACAAUUUACCUCCCAAAAGCAAGCACCCAUAUACAUACAACAUCUGUCAACUAAACUUAUCCUUCUCCAACUGAACAAGUUGACAGGCUUGCUCUUAAAAUCUGUUCAUCUUAAAGAUUCAGUAAUAUCGAUCAGCAUGGGAUGUAUGUGGAAAAAGGGUUGCAGAAUAGGAGAGAGGAGGAGGAAGUGAUCUGUGUCAAGGAAGAGUUGAGAAAAGGAGGAGGGUGGAGGAAAAAGGAGUGAAGGUGAAAAUGGGAGUGUAAAGGUGAUUGAAAAAAGGAGGGGUAAGAGGCAUGGGAAUGGAGCUGAAGAUGAAAGGGGAUGGAAGGUUUAAAGAAUAGGAGGGGAUGGUGAAAAGGGUGCUUUGUAGGUGCAGUGUGUGGGAGGCGGAAGGUGCAGGAAGUUACCAUGAAGGUGUGCAAGGGGGAAUUGCGCAAAAGGAGGGGGAGGAGGCAAGGACAUGGGGUGAAGGUGAAAAUGGGUGUAAAGCAGGACUGCAGAAUGAGAGAGAAGUGGCUUCAGAAAUGACAUGAAGGUGAAAGUGAGCUUAGUAGUUGCAUAGUUGGGAUGGGGAAACUGGUAGGUGGGUUGAUGAGAGGAGCAAGCAGGAGUGCAGCCCCUAGUUUUAUACAUAUAUAACGCAAAAACACUCCUUCAGCAGCAACAAUGCAAAUACAAUGCUUUGAACAGCUGCACAUUUAACAUUCAUAUUUUGAGUUAUCCCAUUAUACGCAACUUGCUGGAAAUGUUAACUUAGUUUUAUAUGAUACUAUAUUUGCUGAUAGACAACUGAAAGAAUCAGUUCUCUUAAUUCAAUAUUUAGUCAAAAUCAUAUUUAUAUAAUUACUGGGAUUUUUCUAGACAAGAAUACACCAAAAAUAUUUUGGGGUGCAGCUUAUUAAACUAAAAUUGCAUAUGUUCUAACCAUUACAUAAAAUAUCUUCAAAAUUGAUAGUUUAUUUUUGAGAGAUGUAUAAAAGAAAAAUUAGAAACAAGAGCAUUAUUCUAUUAGAUUACUUUAACUUGCCCUUUCUUACAGGCUCUCCGUUAUUUGGCGGAAUGUCGUGCCAACAGAGAAAAGAUGAAAAGUGAACUAGGUAUGAUGCUGAGCUUACAAACCGUCGUGCAAAAGUAAGUAUAGUGUGCUAUCUAUAGUAAAAGUACAUAAUUUAUCAUAGAAUCCUAGAACUCUAGAGUUGGAAGGGACCCCAAGAGUCAUCUGGUCUAACCCCCUGCAGUACAGAUAUCUCAGCUGGAGCAUCCAUGACCUUUGCUUUAAAAUCUUCCAAUGAAGGUUGGAGUAUGUACAUAUUUCCUUCCUACCACCACCUUACGAGGGAGUCUGUACCCCCUUACAAACUAUCAGAUUAUUGUGGUAUAUAGUGCGUUUCUGUCUUAAAAUUGUUUUAAGAAUAAGGGACCUGGGAAUUAGAUUGCAAAGGUGGCUUCCUUGUUCAAGCAGAUUCCUUUCAUAAUCUCCAAUACAGUGGUACCUCGGGUUACAUACGCUUCAGGUUACAUACGCUUCAGGUUACAUAUGCUUCAGGUUACACACUCCACUAAGCCAGAAAUAGUGCUUCAGGUUAAGAACUUUGCUUCAGGAUAAGAACAGAAAUCGGGCUCCGGCGGCACGGCAGCAGCAGGAGGCCCCAUUAGCUAAAGUGGUGCUUCAGGUUAAGAACAGUUUCAGGUUAAGUACGGACCUCCGGAACGAAUUAAGUACUUAACCCGAGGUACCACUGUACAUGAAUUCCUGGCUUUGCAUGUAACAUUGAAAACACUGUGAGGAUACUGGUAUGUUCAGUAGUUCUUGAUACUAAGUGGCUAGUUAAUGAAAGCAAAAAUCCAAUUACUUGGCUCGAAGCAUUCUAUUCCAAGAUAGUAUGCCUCUUUCAGAGUCUCAUACUGAACUACUUGAACUAAACCGAUCUAUUCACCCCCCUCCAAUUUAUUAUUUGCCUAAAACGAUUAGCUCAGUAACUAUGUAUUUAAUUGCACAGGAGUCCCUUUCAGGUAUGAUAAGAUGCACACAAUCCUGUAAACCAAGCCACUGCCUCAGUUUUGAUUUAACACAAUUUUACUUGCUUGUACUUCUCACAAAUAAUUAACCAUGGUUAGAAGGGCACAAAUAGCCUUCUAAAAUUGGACCCUUUGUUAUGACACCUUCCCCAUAAAAGGAUAUUUGAAGAAAAAGAUGCCCUCUCUGACACUACAAACAGGAUUAUAUGGUAUACUUUUAAAUGGGUUGUGAACAUUUUAUACACUUAGCCGAAAGAUAAAUUAUUCAUGCACACUAAGAGUAUUGUUCAGUUUGGGAAUGCAGUGUUGGAUGAAUUGCAAGACAUCGUAAUAAAAGGUAAUACCGCCAUCUAGUGUGUCAAAUUAGAACAGACCAAAAUAAUUCUACUUGAUCUGAAGAUACACCUUGUUUUGUUAUAUGUUUUGUCAGAAUUAUAAUUGUUGGUCGGAAGGAAAUACAUACAUACUACAAAUUUUCAGAAUUGAAAAUAUUUCAGGAAUUCGGAGUUCAGUAAGCAUUUUGCAAAACAACUUAAACACCAACUUUUGUUUUGUGAUCUUAUACAAAUAUUAUGUUCUGCAAUCAUGCUAAACAUUAAAUCUUCAAAACUGGUUAGGGGCUCAUCUAUAGCUGUACCAAAACACUCCCUGAAUAUCAUUGUCCCAUUCACAACCUGCAAAUUUGGGUGCCAUUUCUCCACUUUCCAGAGGGGAGGGUAUGUGCUGAAAUUCACUCUUUGCUUUAAGCAGUCAUGUCACUCUAUUUUUUUUUUUUUUUUUAGUGGAAACCAUUAUUCCCCCCCCCCCAAGUACCUUCAAAUAAUAAUUUUGGGCUUCAUUGCAUAGAAUUGGAAAUAGGUGAUGAUGAUGGAACAAGCAGUAUUUUAAAGCAUCCAUUAAACUUGAUAGCUAGGCAUUGUCUGAAUUCUGAGAUGUUAGAAAUGCUGUAGUCUUCCGUGCAAAUCGAAAAGCUAUGAAGGGAAAAUGCUGAAACAGGCUCUUGUCUGAUAUGCCGUCCUUUCUUGACAGCUUGCUGGAAUAAAAAGCAAAGAUUGCUCAAGCUGCUAUUUUUAAAAGGGGCAGCAUAUUUUAAUUUGACGUUAGUGUAUGUGAAAGAUGCCAGACUGACAGUAUUCCAGGCUGAGGUCAGUACCUAUGGAAGGGAAAUAGCCAGACUGGCAGUGGCCUUCUUCUUUUCCUCUUACUCCUUUGACUCCUUUGGGUUUUUGCAGUUACCCAAAGGAGAGCAAUGUUGCUUGGUCCCUUGGUCCCUCUUUUGUCAGCUGAUGCAGAAAAGUUGCUUGUGUUACUAAAUACUUCCCCUCCCCCCACUCAUCAUAUUUUCAGUACAUUAAAAUGCAAUACCCAUUGCUUUCUGAUCAAAUAAAGAACCACCCCACUUCUCUGAGCAAGAAAUAAAACCCUAGUUGGGGCAAUGCAGAUAAGUUCAGUUGGUUUUCUGUUGGUCUAAUGGUGCUGUUGGAUGGCAUUCUGUCAAAAGUAAGUGGCUGCUGUUCACUCUUAUUGUGAAAUGCAGAGUAUCUGUGGGGAGAAUCAUAGAAUCAUAGAAUCAUAGAGUUGGAAGAGACCACAAGGGCCAUCGAGUCCAACCCCCUGCCAAGCAGGAAACAAAGAAGACAACAAGGAGAUCCCUGCCAAGAAGACAACAAGGAGAUCCAUGGUUUGAGACAGGAGGACGAGAAUGCUGGAUGGAUGUUAUGGGCAGAAGAGGGAGAGCAAGAGGAAUAUUGGAGAGAGGAGAGUUCCAGAGAAAACUUUGCAGGGAGUAGUGCUGAGGUGAAGAAGCCCAGUUCAAUAGAACUCCUAGUCAGCUAGGGCUCUCUGCAUAGUGUGGGCAAGAAACCUCAAUGGGAAUUAAGUCGGUGCAUACAGUUUUGAUAGUCAGAUGAAAACUCUUCAUAUUGGGGCAUUAGAAGGGUCAUGCAGACAUGGAUGUCUGCCUGGUUUUCAUGUUUGGAGGGAGGGUUGUGUUGGGGGUGUGUGUUUCUGUUGCUGCUGUUGGUUUUUUUUUUAUCUUUAUAUUUUGUUGUGAUUUAUGUGGAAAUUGUUCAGUUUGGUUGUGUAUUUAAUGUUUUAUUUAUUGUUUAUAAAUACUUUAGUUACGUUGUAGUUAUGGGUUUUGUAAUGUUGUAAACCACCUUGAGGGGGGUUUGAACUGUGGAAAGGCGGCAUCCAAAUAAAAUUAGGUAUGUAUGGUUCCUAAUUCAGCUAAAGAUAACCAGACAGCACAAGGGGAAGUUAAUGCAUCGCUUAGCUUCAUAUUGAGAACCUUCAUUUUGGAAAUUUAUAAAACCAGUACUGUACUGCUGAGGCAAAGGGUGUUGGGAUUGUGAUGUGGGUGCCUUCCUUCAAAGUUUUUCUUUUUCUUUUAAUUCCUUCUGUGUGGUUUGAAUUGUCUGUGGGCAAUUCUUGGUGAGAGGAAGGAGUACCAGGUGCAGGGGGUGCAGUUCAUCUGUGUGACUGAUGAGUGGCCGCCUGCCUUGUUAUUUAUACUGCUCUGUCAGUGAAUGGCUUCAUUGUCUCCCUAGUUUUUGCAGUACACUUUUGUGCAGUGGAAGGACUUGACUGGUGAAAGUGGUUGGUGAUUGAGUGUGAGUAUUGAAAUCACUGAGUGGAUGGCGCGUUUGUGCAUAUUGGUGGGUAUGAAUGAGGUGUGGGUGUAGGUUGGGAAAGUGAUACUGAAUAAGUAGUAGGUAUCAUUGAUUUGUGUCGAUGUAAGGCAACACAGCUCCUGUCAACCUAGCAGUUUGAAAGCACCCCAAAAAGUGCAUGUAGAUAAAUAGGUACUGCUCCGGCGGGAAGGUAAACAGUGUUUCUGUGCGCUCCUCUGGUUUUGGUGUUCUGUUGCGCCAGAAAUGGCUUAGUCAUGCUGGCCACAUGACCUGGAAAAACUGUCUGCAGACAAACGCAGGCUCCCUGGGCCUGUAAAGCGAGAUGAACGCUGCAACCCCAGAGUCGUCUGCAACUGGACUUAACUGUCAGGGGUCCUUUACCUUUACCUUUAAGGCAACACUUGAGUGUGAUGUGUAGUAUUUGGUGAGUCAAGAUGUGCCUUGGUAAGAGGAAGGCUGAAGGGGGAAGGGAACCAUGAUUCUAAAGGUGUUUCAGAUACGGUGCCAUGUUUUUGUUCUUUCAGAUUUUAUUAUUUUAUUUUAUUGCAUUGCCUUGUACCCUAAUUUCUGAGUUAUAUAUAUCAUGUUAUUUGUAAAUUGCUUAGAGACUGUAUUAAGCUGUUAAGAAAUAUAUUUAACAAAACUAAAAUGCAAAGGAUUGUAAAGCAAAAUCCAUACAAACCUCAGUUUGCUUUGCCUUAGGACCACCACACCAGGAGAGACAAAAUUGUUGGCUUCUGAAAUCUAUGAUAUUCUUCAGUCUUCCACAAUGUCCGACGUUGACAAUGUGAACGAGAUGAAUUCACGGCGCCGGAAAGCUCAGUUUUUUCUGGGAAGUACAAAUAAACGUGCUAAAACAGUCGUGUUACACAUAGAUGGCCUUGAUGAUUCGGUAAGAAAAGGGUGUUUUAGGGUAUACAAUGCACACUUAUGUAUCAAGGUGUGUGAAGGGCACCUUGUUUUCUGUAAGCAUUCCUUGAGUUUACAGCUUAGACUGCUCUGUACGAAAUGCCAUAAACAUAAUAACAUUUAUGAAGUCUGUACCAAUCUCUUAGAUGUCGGUAACUUGUAGGAGUUGAUCUUAGUAGAAUUUACUGUGCAUCAGAAUUUACUGAUGCAAAACGUUAAAUACCCCCAAGAAGCUGACAAUAGAAAGGUCACAUUAAAUAAUUGACUGCAUUACGUUUGGACAUCAGAACAUCACAAGCUGCCUUCUUCUGAGUCAGAUCAUUGGUCCCUCUAGUUUAGUACUGUUUGCACUGACGGGCAGCAUCUCUCCAGGGUCUCCCGGUAGCAGUCAUCCCUACCGCUACCCAACAAGUGAUACUUUAUACUGGAAAAGGUUGAUCAACCUAGCCAUCAGAUGAAUGGUAAUCCCGCCCCCCCUGGUGUUUUUUCUUCUUCACAUCAUGAGACAUUCAUAACAAUUUAUCAACUUCCCAUUGUUCAGGCCUAAGGAAAUGUUGAAUUUUCUUAGCCUGCUCUUCCUAACAUCUUUUCUCAUUGCCUGAGAUUUCUCUUGGCUAUUGGAUAACUGUUGUAAUAAUGAGGUCUCAGUGGAUUCUCCAUGCAAUGUCAGAAUAACUUCUAUAAAUUUAUCCUCCAUUCCCCUGUAGAUAACACCCCAGGGUCAUGUUUGCCUUUUUAUGGCUGCCAAGCAGCAUGCAAGGCUGUUUGAGCAUGUUAUCCACAAGUGCCCUCAGGUCUCUGUUUCAGUUUUGUAGCCUUUUAAAUUAUCUAACCUGAUCUUCUGCUGCACUGGCUUACAUUUGUUCGGGGGUGGGGGGCCUAAGUAAGCCUUUUAAGAGAACCAGGUCUGUAUAUAGAUCCCAUCUUCUUUAAUAAAGUCAGUGGCUGUUAAUCGGAUGAAUAAUGAGCAUAUGUAUACCCUUGCUUUCCCAGAGUUACCUUCCUCCUCUUCUUGCCACCACCAUUUUGCUCUCUCCUUAUAUUUCUCUCUCCCCUCCUCGGCCCGACCCGCUUCUUUAAGCCAGGUUUAAUCAGUUCCAGUAGUCUUGUCCUUAUUAUGUUUACUGACUUGGUAGCUCAUUUGUUUGCCCAUCACUGUCUCUAAAGCUUCUCUAAAAGCCAGAAAAAUGCUGCCUGUUUCUGUUUUGCCUGCCAAUUUAAAUACGCGUUACCACUGUAAAUGGUCUGUGGUCAGCAUAUCUCAAAGCUGCCUGUAUUGCUCUCCUAAAACAAUGCUAAUGCAGAUCCUUGUUUCUAGUAGCCAGCAUGCAGUAAGAAAUGUAGACAUACUUAAUUUGGAGGGCUUCCUUAACUGCUGAUGGCCUGGCAGCAUAUUCCUUCAAGAGCAAAAAGGGGAAAAUGUGUAUUAAAGUUUAUUUGUUUUUUUAAGCUGUCCUCAAAACCUUCUCUGCUCUUAGGGAGAUUUUUACUUGAUUUUUAGUUUGUGCACAGCAUGCCAUUUCAGUCUACAAAGGGCAAUGAAAAACACUGUUUGUAAAUCAUUUUGACCUCCAAGUGAUAUCUUAAACUAUAGUCAGCACUUGCAGCAGUUCUGAGUUUCAGGUAGGUGCUUCUAACAUGAAAUGCGUGAAAUGUAAGCUAUCUUCAAGUGUAGAAAUAAUAACAACAGCAACAACAACAACUGGGAUAAUCAUGUUCUUUUUGCCUCUUUUUCUUAAGAUUUUAGGCAGUUAAAAAACCCCGGAAGAACAAGCAAGCAAGCAAAUGCAAACCCUAAAGGACAAUAAUAACUGAACAGCUGUACUUCAUUUUUCACAGAAAUGAUACUAAUUGGUCUCUCUUGUGAAAUCUUAUGUAAUUACUGUCUAAAGCUCUAUGUAUAUCCCAGCAAUAUACUUUAGUGGGCAUCAUGAACAUUUUGUCACCACUCCUGCUUGCCCUGUCAUCUCAUAAUCACCACCAUAAUUUGUUUUGUAUGCUGCCUUUCCAUAGUUAAAACCACGGUCAAGGCAGCUCGCAAUGUGAAAAGAUUUGCAUAAUUACAAGCAUAACAAAAAUAACCAAACAAUAAAUUAAACGCAUCAAAAAGUGCACAGCCAUAAUUGAACCAUUCCCACAUAAAUCAUUAUAAAAUGUAAAAAUUAAUAUAAUAUCAAUAACAGUCACAACAACCCCUAAACAAUACUGGUGUGUGUGUGUGUAGGACUGUUCUUUCUCAUAAAUACAGACUUCCAAUGCAUAGUCAGGUGUAUCUGCAUGUUACUCUUGAGGCAGAAACCCUGAUAAAAUUCAGCAGUUUGACUUAAUCUUGCCAAACAUGAACUUGUUGGAUUUUAGUUCAUUUUUCUUCCAGCCUCCAUAUAGAGGAUGAACUUGGUGUUGGUUAUCUAUGCCCCAGUUACACCCUGGCUAGGUCACUGUAAUGAUGCUCUCUGUAUGGGGCUGCUUUGAAGCAAAAAACACAACUUGAAAAUCGGAGCACAUUUGACUAAUCUUAUUUCACCUGUGUUGGCCUGAUGUACAUGCUGAAGUUUUACAUAUUGUUUCAAUGGGUGUAUUCUCUGGUUCAGUGGUAGAACACCUGUUUCCCAUGUAGAAGAUCUCAGCUGCAGCCUCUGGCAUGUCCAGGUAGGGCUGGGAAUGUGUCUUGCCUGAAACCCUGGCGAGCCACUGACACUCAGUGUAGAUAAUACUGAGCUAGCAGAUGCACCAAUGGUAUGACUCUGUUUGAGGCAUCUUCCUAUGUUCCACUGUGGUUUCCAGUUCUCAUGUAAUGUCAGACCAUAGUUUGAUACUACUUAUGAAUGAGUCUCAUGUUUGUGUGCUCCCCACGUCUUGUGUUGUUUGCGAGGAGACUGGGAGUUCCCCAUAAGGUAUGGACUUGGAUUUGUACUUUGGCUAAACUUAGUUUUAUAAACAGACUAGGCUCUGAAACCAUGGUUUGAUCCUUUCUUGUUCUUAAAGGAACCUGCAUCCCCAAAUUUGGAUGCAAUGGGAAACUGGUGGCUAUGCAAAAUAAGAGGAGGAGGGAAGUGUGUGAGCCUGAGGCUUGUGUAGGCUUGUUAACAUGGCAAAAACCAUGGCUUCCUGUAACAUCUGAGCCAACCUGCUGCCUUAGCCAUAAACCCUGGGAGCUAGGCUUGAGGAGGGAGUUAAGAAUGCAGUACUGGUUGAGAAGAAUGUGUUCGUGUUGUAAGACACCAAGCAAGUAGCUCAUAUACAUGAUUAUGUAGGCCAGGCUGUGUUUCAUAUUGCGCUUGUGGUAGUUCUAAGAAGCCACUUAUUUGUAUGCUGAUGUCUUUGAGACACUCAGUAAAUGCAUGGAAGCACGCUGAGCUAACGUAGAGCAGGUGCAACUAGCACAGGUCAGUGUCGUGUUGUUGCACAGUAGGCCCUGUCACUUGCUUUAAACGUAACCAUUCACUUGUGUGUUUUGUGAGCGGACAUUUUCCUUUGCAAUCAGAGUUCAGUUUGUGCAGUGCAGUGAUGUCCAUGAGCUGCCACAGAUGAGGUAGCUGAAGGAUACAACAGCUGCUUUGAUGCAUUCAGUCAGUAUGGAUACAAGGUGUCUGAUAAAUAGCAACUUAAACACUAACUGCUCAUCAAUGAGCAUUGCAGUCAGUCAGAACUUAACCACAGGGGACUGUUUAGCUGAUCAUACGGAGAAAAGCUUGCUUUGCUUUUCAGCACUUUCCCCUCAUUAUUCACAGUUGAUUCCAUUCUGGUUUGUCGUCAAAAUGUAGGCAGGAAUGAUGUUUUUAAAUUCUCUUAUGGCUAAAUUCAGAGCCAUUCCCUCUCCUCUUUUAAAAUAUAUAUAUAUUAAAAAGCAUCAUUCUGCUUCAAUUCAUGUGUCUUGUUUCUUAACUGAUCUGUGUUUAACGUACGCAAUUAUUUAUUAGGUAUUUGCAAAUAACUGGUGCCGUUAAUUUUUAGUCUCGGAGAAACCUUUGCGAAGAGGCCUUGCUGAAGAUUAAAGGGGUCAUCAGCUUCACGUUUCAAAUGGCAGUUCAAAGAUGUGUAGUCCGAAUCAGAUCAGAUUUGAAAGCAGAGGUAAGGUUUGCAGCCGUUUUCCUUUUACAUUCUUCUGACGCUGAGUAAUGACUUACUCACCUGCUCUUCUUUUCUGUUUUUCCAUUUUCUUGUUGUAUAGGCACUGGCAACAGCAAUAGCAUCAACCAAAGUUAUGAAAGCCCAGCAAGUUGUGAAAAGUGAAAGUGGAGAAGAGGUGAGAGAACGCUUCGUAAUUUAGAACGCAAGCCUGUUGGUAGCGUUGGCAAUUAAAGAAAAGGAAUUAAAUGCAAUUGGUCUAUUCUUUGGGUGCAGCAAUAAUCCCACUGGCUGAACAUACAUGAAAUUGUAUGCAGAUGUGGCUUUUUGGGGGAUGUGUGUGUGUGUCGUCUCCUUUAAUUUCUAUUUUGAAUCCAAGGCAUGUUAUAUCUAUGCAAUGUAAGCAGCAGUGUGUUCAUACAGGGUGCCUCACUUCCUGAAACAAGAGAAAGCUGCUUCUUUUGUGGAGCUUUCAUGCCAACUGUACAUGGAAAAUCUGGUAGAAGUUGAAAGUGUGUCAUAGGUUUAGCAUUGUAGAAUAUUGAUUUCAGUUAGCAAGAGGUGCAAAAUAGCCUUAUGUAAUGAAGGCAUUAAUGUCAUGUUGCUAAGAGCGUUUGCAAUCUUCUGAAUUACAGUGAUUAUAUUAAGCACAAACAUUUCGGAAACUCAAAUUAAUUACACAGGUCUCCAAGAGCUUGGUCUAAAGCCUGCUAUAAUGUAGGUAAACUCUUCCCAUUGGUUGAGGGGCAUGCUUAUCAGGAAGUGAAUGGAGGAGUUACUUUGUUCAGACCUAUAAAGUUAUCUUGCAUGUCACAGUUCCUAGAUUUGCUAAAACUCUGAACUAUGUCUAAAACAGCAGUUGCAUGAAUGAGUGAUGCUGAGCUUCGCAGCAAGGUCAGAUUGGGUAAAACGACUUUCUGAAUCCCAUUAAACAGAUGCUGGUUCCAUUCCAAGAUACUCCUGUAGAAGUGGAACAGAAUACCGACCUCCCUGAGUAUCUGCCAGAAGAUGAAAGCCCUUCAAAGGAGCAAGACAAAGCAGUGUCCCGGGUUGGAUCACACCCAGAAGGUGCAGCCAGCUGGCUGAGCUCAGCUGCAAACUUUCUCUCCAGAUCCUUCUACUGGUGACCUUGAGUCAAGGCUUACAGGACUGUGUGAACCAACAGGGGGCCAGUUUUCCAUUGGUGUGGUGAACUGCCAAGUGCAAUUUGCAAUAAGUUAUCACAACAAAUUUUUAGACUACACAAAACAUAUGCUGUCUUUUACAUUUUGUUGGACAUUUGGUCUUUCAGGCCGGUGAGAAAGAUGGAGGCAUUUGUUAAUGCCCUUGCCCUCACCUCUGUUCUCAUAUGUUUUAUUGCCUCACUUUUUAAUAUGGGUCCAUGAUUAACCAAACUUCGUUGAGUGUAUAGAGCUUUAAGUUAAUAUUAGUGAUAAACACAUACAGAACCCAUUCAGUACAAAUCUCAGGACAUCUGUACAAGGAAAUUAUUAGCCCUUAAUUUUGCAUAGAUUGAAAUGCCUUUUUUUCUUUUUCUUUUUGCCUUAUUUCAAAUUAUAUAUUUCCCCUGGAAGGUCAUUCUAAUGGGGGGAAAACCCGAAUUGUUUACCAUUUAUUCCCUUCCCCUGCACACUUGGUUCAGAGCUGGUAUGUCAUUAUUCCACUUGGUGCAUUGCAACAAGAAUGAUUCAAACUUGAACUUUACAGUCCUUGAUGUGCUGGGAUUUUUGUUUUUGUUCUAAACUGUCAGCCCUUGACCACUCGCAAUUUGAACAUUAGUAAAUAAAUGAAGGUGGAAAUGUGAACGUGUAAGUAAAUAAUCUGUAAAAAAAAAUAUGCUUGUAAUGAUGCCUAUGACCUUGUAAAUAUGAUCAGAAACCACUGAUUGCAAUUUAGGUUGGAUAAAGAAGCUCUGGUUUCAAAAGUUGCAACCUGCUCCAGUGACAUCUUGGUUGCAGAAUUUGUCUGUGGUAGAAAGUGUGAUGUUGGCCUUACUCUGAUAUUGUUUUCAAUUGGUUUAAUGAGAGCUAAAAAUGUAACAUAGUGGCCAGUGGGUGGGUGGGUGGGAAUAAAAUGCCUAAUAUGCCAUUGUGCCACUGCCCUACAAUCUAGACUUUUGUCGCUUGGUGGAAAUUUCAUGUAUAAUCCCAGUUGCCUUUUAUGCUUCUCAAUUCCACCUUUAUACCCUUUGGACAACCAUUAUGAAAUAUGGAGCGAUCCAAAAAUUGUUUGUGAAGCCUGGAGCAGGGCAAAAGCCAGCAUGUGCCUGAUGCCCAGAGGGGGGUGGGCAUCCUGGAAAAAAGUCCUUGUAAGUGCACUCACCUAGUCUAGACAACAAGGAAACCUGCGCCUGAAGAAUUGGCUUCACUUGGCGAUCUCGCAGACAAUUAAGGUGCUUGGACCAUCACAUCUUGUCUCUGCCUAGCUUCCAGAAAGCAUCAUGCAAGUAAAUAUUCAGUAGGCAAAAUAUUAAGCAUAGCAAUUAGGUUACUGAAAUAUUGUCUGGGAUUUUUCUCAGUGCGUUAGAAAACCUUGUACACAACUUGUACGCACCACAGGAAUACAGCUGUGACACUGCAAUGCUACCCUAAAGUUGAUUCUGCAGUGCUUCUUUUUGUGGUGUGAUCCAUACGAAUUUUUACUUAAAUCAGUGACGUACACGUAUCAAGGCAGUGCUUUUGCCCCUUUGGAGGUCUUAUCUCUGUGUCUUGCACAGUAGCAGUAAUUAAGUAGCAUCAAGACGCUUAUUAGUAAAAACAAAAUUGCAGGGGGAAGUGUAAAGUUCCAAUGACAAAUCAAAGUUCUCAUAAAUUCAGCCUACUUUUGAGAUAAAGAGCUUACUUUCAGAUUUUAUUAUUUCUAUUUUUUAACGUACCUACUUUAUUUGGUUGAAGUUUACACGCACAGAAUACAAGCUUUCUAAGGCAUGUAUUGUAUUAAAUAUGUAUUUCGAAGCAUAUUGCUGUCUAGAAUGUUACAGUACCAAACGUGUUUGCAAAGCCCUCUGUUGUGUAGCCAUGGAUACAAUGUUUACUUUUUGUUUUAACAUCUCUCUCUCUCUGUGCAAUUUGCAUUGCCGCACACCAACUGCACUACCUGACACACCCCUUUGGAUAUUAAUGGUUCAGUACAAGUAGAUAUUAAAACUUGUGUAAUCAAUCUGUAGGUAUAUAUUUUUUUCCUUUGGUCAGUAUUGCAGCUCUCCCAGUUAAAGCAUCUAUAAAAGAGCUUUGGAAAUACUGUAAAAUAAAAGUGUAAUAUAAUGAACUGGC